CCUUUAACCUUCCUGCCUUGGUAUAUAUAGUCUGUGUGACUAUCAGAGUUCUCCUGGCAGCCAUCAUGAAGGGUGCAGUCUUGAUCUGCUGUUUUCUCUCCCUGCUGCAUUUGCAGGCAACAGCAGAAGAAGAAGAAGAAGAAGAAAAAGAUUUCAUCUCCGUCCUCAGGGAUAGAUCUCACAUCGACGAAACGCUGCGGCUUGCAACUGAGGAAAAAGCCGGAGACUAUGCAGCGGCUAUAGAGAGGUUGCGGAAGAUCUACCACACAUCAAUCAAGCCGAUGGAGCAGGCCUACAAGUACAAUGAGCUGAGGCAGCACGAGAUCUCAGCCUACCCCGGACGAACCCUGGGGAACUCAGACACAGAUGGGGAGAUUACCUCCAAGCCAAUGGUCCUGUUCCUGGGACCCUGGAGUGUAGGAAAGUCCUCAAUGAUCAAUUACCUCCUAGGCAUGCACGACAGCCCCUAUCAGCUCUACACAGGAGCUGAACCUACUACCUCUGAGUUCACUGUAAUUAUGCAUGGAGAGAAGAUUCGCUCUGUUGAGGGUAUUGUUAUGGCAGCAGACAGCUCUCGGUCCUUUUCUCCUUUGGAGAAGUUUGGACAAAACUUCCUUGAAAAGCUGAUCGGUAUUGAAAUGCCCCACAAGCUGCUGGAACGUGUGACUUUUGUGGACACACCAGGAAUCAUUGAGAACCGGAAGCAGCAGGAGAGAGGCUAUCCCUUCAAUGAUGUUUGCCAGUGGUUCAUUGAUCGUGCUGACCUGAUCUUCGUAGUGUUUGACCCCACCAAGCUGGACGUUGGCCUUGAGCUGGAGAUGCUCUUCCGGCAAUUGAAGGGUCGCGAAUCCCAGAUCCGCAUCAUCCUAAACAAGGCUGACAACCUGGCCACCCAGGACUUAAUGAGAGUCUAUGGAGCACUCUUUUGGAGCUUAGCACCCCUCAUCAAUGUCACUGAACCCCCCCGUGUCUACGUCAGCUCUUUCUGGCCAUAUGACUAUGCACCUGAUACCAGCCGAGAGCUCUUCAAGCGAGAGGAGAUCUCCCUCCUGGAAGAUCUGAACCAGGUGAUUGAAAACCGCAUGGAGAACAAAAUUGCCUUCAUCCGCCAACAUGGCAUCCGUGUGCGCAUCCAUAGCCUGCUGGUAGACCGCUACGUCCAGACCUUUAAAGAGAAGAUGAGCUUCUUCAGUGACCCUGAACUAGUCUUCAAGGAGAUUGUGGACGACCCGGACAAGUUCUUUAUUUUCAAAUCCAUCCUAGCCAAGACCAACGUCAGCAAGUUUGACCUGCCCAACCGCGAUGCUUAUCGUGACUUCUUUGGAGUCAACCCGGUCACCAACUUCAAGCCCCUGACGGCUCAGUGCUCUUACAUUGGAGGCUGUCUGUUGGAUAAGAUUGAGAGGGCAAUCACCAAUGAGCUCCCCGCCCUUCUGAGCAGCAUUAACUCUGGCAAGCAGCCUGGCCUGUCCUCCUGUGAGGCUACUGGCUGUGGUGAAAAGCCAAAGAAUCGCUACCGGAAGAACUGAGGAAAACAAAAUAACUUGAGUGGGGGAAGUAAGAAAAGAAGGCCAAGCCAACCCUGAUUUUGUCAAAAUGCCUGUAUUGUUGAAGAGACAGAGGAGAUUAGUGUUUGUUUUUUUCCUCAGGAGAAUAUGUGGAGGUGCAUUUAGGGACUGUGGGUAAGAGGCAGAUAGAGGGGGGGAAGAGUCAUUGUAUGAUAAGGCAGCUUAAGGACACAAGUGCUAAAGAAAUGAAAACAUGCCACUAAUCACUAUGUUUUGUUAGUGUUUGUCUGGGAUUUUGGGGACGGGGACGUAAUGAUGCGAAGAAACACAGAAAUAAAAAAUUUUAAAA